UUUUUUUUGUAUAUAAUAGACUUUCAGGUUAAUGUACUAUGCAGGAAAGGUAGCAGAUUUAACUAGAAUUUUGUUUGCAGUAUAAUUUUAACUGAGACCUAAAAGGUACUUGGGCAUAAGAAGUAUAAAUAAUAUAGAUUUAAGUAAUAUUUACCGGCAAGUGGCAACUAAAUUAUAUGCUGCUUGCCAAAGUUUCCCACGUCUGCUGAAACCAUCCAUGCUCACUCCAUGAGCCAAAGCCUGCCAAUACACAUCAGUGUAGAGACUGUGACCAACAACCCCCAGCUUGGUCAACUGCUGGAGAGCCUCACUGAGCACCUCACGCCAACUGCUGUGCGCUCAUCCACCCAACAACAUUUGAACAAUGCCACCGCUGCUCUAAAACAUGCAAGGUUGGCAUACAUGGAACAAGCUGCUCUGUCCCACUACAUGUUAUCUGCCAUACGGUCAACAAAUGCUCCAAAUGUUUUGCAACCGAUAGAAGACUUGUAUGCUCUAGCGGAGCUUACAGGCUCAUUGAAGCUUCCAUUCAAGUCCCAGGAGGCAACCACAAAUUCUGAUCACAACAGCAACACAGACGACACUCCACCUCUCACAGCCAUGGCCAUCAGUAAAACAUUCAACAGCAGCACUCAUUCUCACAUCUCUUCUGAGAGUAGCAGCCACAACUCUUAUGCAGGACUGAGCUCUUUAAUGAACUGCAGCAAGAGUUCUAAUAUGGGUCGGCUUGCUGAUAAUUCUACACACAGCUCCUCUGAUAAUAUCUGUUCUUGCUGUGAUAACAAACCUUGUUCUGAAGUUGCCAAUGCUCUCAAGUACAAACCUGAAAAGGUUCGGGACCCAGUGACUUAUAAGCUGUGCAGUCCUAAAACACUGACGGAAAAAGCAGCCAGACUCUGUGCUGGCAGCAGAAUUUCUUCUUUGCUGGCACAACACACCAGCGACCGCAUCGUGACUGCCUGGCAAAAAAUCCGAUCCUGUAUCCUCCUGCCUGACGACUCUGCUGGUGAGGAGACGGCCGUGCCGCGCCUGCUGAGCCUCAGCGACCAGUGCUGCAGCAGCGCCCGCCUCCUGCACUCCUCCUGCAUCAUCACACACGUCCUCCUGCUGCAGGUGGACGGACAGUUGGUCGAGUAUGGGACGUUACUGAGCGACUUGGUGAAGAAGAGACGACUCUCUCAGCUGCCAUAUCACAACCUGCUGCAUCUCUGCACUGCUCUGCACACUCAGCACCACAAACUCAGAUGUGUAGAGCUGCAGAUCUUGUGCCGAACAUACACGCCAUCAGUCAUGGCAGGUCUGCGUGGCAUGUCACUACGUCUGCAGGACCGCAGUCGCAUCGCGUCUCAGGAGCUCGCUAAACUGCAGCAUGACCUGGAGCCAUACACGCAUCUGGACCCGUCCUAUCUCGCCCUGCUCGACGAGUAUAACAAACUCAAGGCUGAUAUCAAGUUCUGUACUUCUGCUCGCACCUAAAAAACUUCGCUUCCCAUUUUCAAUGCUAAGAGUCUUCAAGAAAUUUUUAAGUACGAGUUUUAUCAAUAUGGUAUUCAAAAUAAAAAAAAUUACUUCACUUCAAAAAUAAAAAACAAAAAAAUUACGUUGACCAAAUGCCUUAAAAUUGCUCUACUUUUAUCUUUCAUUGCCAAAUCAUGGAAGUCUUAUACAAUAAUUUAGGAAGGGGCUGCAACUGAGUGUUAAAAUUUUGGUACCUUAUGAAAUUUCUAUUUAUGAAAAAUUACAUGAAUUGAAAGUUUGUUUAGAUUUUGCAUUCUCUAUUUGCUUUGGUUGAAUGGCAUUUUUAUGCGAAAGUUAAUCACCUUAUCUGCGAAAUUUUGCUGACUUGCUAAGAAAUAAUUUUUUAAUUGAAGACCGUGCACUCGUGGUACUUUCCUUCACGUGCCUUAGACACGUGCUUUAGCUACUCAGAACUCCCAAACAGAUACCACGCAGUCCGCAGCAUUGUUUCAGAGCCUUUGAUUCGGAACACUGUACAUUGCUGUCUCAUUUUAGCACUUCUGUCCGGCAGUUCGGUGAAACGACCUCUGAUAUGAGCCUCUAACGUUAUUUUGCCGUAAGGACAUUUUUUUUCAUUUACCUCGAACAAAAACUCUUUGAUCAUCUAUUACGUGUAGUUACAUAUUCUUAAAUUGUUUCACUCGAGCAAUUAUCUCGAUUAAACCUUUUCAAGCUCGUGCACAACCUUGCGUUUUUAAUACGUAGGCAAAUUUGGUAGUAGAAACUUAUAUUGAAAUGAAUAAUUCAAUAUAUUCUUAUAUUUAUU